ACAGUUCAUUUCGCAUCCCAUUGCUUAUGCUUAAAUUAGGACCUUCUGAAAUGUCUAUUUAACUAGUUUUAAGAUUUGUAAAUUAUUACUUGUGACUGCCGGGACAUUUUAGAUGGAUUUCUGUGAUCUAAUUUAAUUAAUUCGGAAAUAAAUAUCUCUGUGCUUUAACUUAUCAGGGUAAUCAGCGGGUUAGUUUGUGAUGCCUCGUGGUAAACGUCGUUCAACAGCUGACAUGGGGCCAGAUGAGGAAGACCAUCACUGCAGCAAGCGGCAGCGCAACACUUCCUCCAGUACUCGAAGAUUUUCAAAAUCAGACGAUGCUUCCUCGUUCAGUCAAAAGAGAUGUAUCACUUGGUUCAAUGAGUAUACAUCACCGAAUGAACCUGAAGUAUUGGGACCAGAGGGAAUGGAGAAGUUUUGUGAGGACAUUGGUGUGGAACCUGAGAAUGUUGUGAUGUUAGUUCUAGCUUGGAAAAUGAAUGCCCGACAAAUGGGAUUUUUCACUCUAUCAGAAUGGCUCAAAGGACUAUCAGAAAUGCAAUGUGAUUCUAUUCAAAAAAUCAAGAAUAGGAUAGAUUAUCUUAGAUCUCUUUUAAAUGAUCAAACAACAUUUAAAAGUAUUUAUAGAUACGCUUAUGAUUUCGCACGUGAUAAGGAUCAGCGAAGUAUGGACAUGGAGACGGCCAAAGCAAUGCUUCAACUUCUUCUAGGCAAACAGUGGAGUCUUUUUUAUCAAUUUAGCAAGUUUUUAGAACAUUCGAAGUACAAAGUGAUCAACAAAGACCAGUGGUGCAACAUCCUAGAGUUUUCCCGCACCAUUUCCAACGACCUGUCCAAUUACGACGUGGAUGGGGCAUGGCCUGUAAUGCUGGAUGAGUUUGUAGAAUGGCUGAAAUCUACAAAAAACAACGAAAAACAUCGGAGCUGAGAUCAGUUGGACGGUCACUUCAGGAACGAAACCCGUGAUUACCGAACGUCAAGGCCUAAAUCUUCAAUGGACCGCCAGUCUACCAGUUACAAAUAGUUCCAAUCAAAUCAAAGAAAGGAGAUUCAAUCUCUGGCAACUAAUAAAUUUGUACUUUGUUAAAUCAUAACUUAAUUUAAAACGGAAAACUAAUUUAUUUUUACUUUACAUUUUAUUUGAUUUCUUGUACAAUCUAUAAUUUGAAUGAAUGUAAAAUGUACAGUAUUCAUACUUCUUCUGUUUUAUACACUUUUUUAUUGUUUAAAUAGUUCGUAAAGCACAAAGAUAAUAUUGUGAUUUUCAGUGAAUUAUUAAUUUACAUUGAUACUAUUUGAUAUUUCCCUUAUCAUAACAAGAGAUAUUAAAAUAUCAGUGUCUAAAACGUAUUCUCAAA